AUGACUGCAACAAGGAGCCGUGCGCACCUGCAGGAGGGUGAGACACAACCUGCAGGCGACAUGCAGGCUGAACCACGCUCAUUGGUGGACCAAAUUGCGAACAUGACUGCAGAGGAACGACAGGAACUGCAGAGGUUACUCACCAAUGAGACGCAGGCGCGUAGCCGCCAGACCACACCAGAACGACGCGACGAAGGGGCUCGACGCCCGGAGUACCAAAGGCUCCUACCAAAGGUGAAGACCCCGACGUGGGACGACCUCACCCUAGGGGGAUGCUCUACCUGGUUCUACCAGCUGGAGGACACCCUACAGAAUACCUUCCUGGAGAUUCCAGACGAAGCAAAGGUAGUCUGGGCCAGGCAAGGAUGGAAGGCCAAAUCGAACCUUAUGAUCGAAUGGCAUAACCAAGCGGAGGCUGGCCAGACAAUGCCCCGGACCUGGGAAGGAUUCAAGGAAUGGUGCCGAGACCAAAUCGAACACCCUACCAACCGAGGCAUUAAUGCCAUCCUUAGGUUCGAUAAAGCAAGACAGCGACCCCAGCAAGACGUCAAGUCCUUCUUUAAUUAUAUCGAGGGUCUGCGCAACGAUCACGGAGCGGAUCUGCCCGAGGAGUACCUAGUGCCUUCGACCAUUGGAAAGCUUCUCCCGGACCUGCAACAUGAAAUCCAACGACUCCAGAGCAAGCCAGGAUCCAUGGAAGAGCUAAAAGCCGAAGCCUAUAGGCUGGAAGCGGUGCUCCGGAAGAAGGACCAAGAUAAAGGGAACAGGGCUAUGAGGGAUAUGCCUAAGCCAAUAUACCAAGGGUCUCGCGAUAACAAGCGCCGCCAAAACCAGGAUAGAGACCCGGCGACGACACAACUAAAUAAGAAACGCAAGAGUGCAUUCAACUAUAUUACCCCUGAGGAAAGGGAACGCCGCUUCAAGGAGAAGCUCUGCCUGGCCUGUGGCAAGAAGGAGCACAUGGCAAAGGAUUGCCCAGAUAGAGCAAGGCUCCUAAGGGAGAGGCCACAAGACCAGAAAAGGAAUGAUAAUCCCAAGCUCCUUGCCAUACGAGCAGACCCACGCACUGUAACGACAGGGGUCGCUUUACCACCGCAACUAGCUACACUGAAGCCCCAAGGAAAGGAGCAGGUACAGGUUCAAGCCAUCGUUGAUAGCGCGGCGGACUAUAACUUCAUUAACCCGACCUUGGCCCGACUGUUCAUCGAAGAGACUGAAUGGACCCUAGGCGGGAAAAUAGACCUCGCGGACGGAAAAAAGAUGGAUACCCAGGGUACGACCCUAGCGAGCGUAGCCUUGAGAGACUACCGUGGGGUUACCCGUACGCAGAAGGUGACCUUCGUGAUUAUUCCCAUGGUCGACAUCGAAGUGAUCCUGGGAAAGCCAUGGCUAGAGGAGGUGAACCCGAGGAUCAACUGGAGGGAACACUGGUGGCACUACCCACACGCCGUGGAAUGGGUGGCAACCCCAGAACCCGACGAGUGCGGAGCACCUGCGACGGUCCAACUCCUCUUGCUAACGCUAGAGGAGAAGGCAGUCGGAAAAAACCAAAUACCAAGGGAGUUCGAAUCUUUUGCGGAUGUCUUCUCGGAGGAAGCGGCCUAUACGCUUGCUGACCCCGGGCUGGUAUCCCACGAGAUCGAGCUAGUGGAAGGGAAGGUCCCUCCCCACUUACCCUUGUACAACCUCUCAGCUAAGGAGUUGCAGGUACUGAGGGAGUACCUCGACACCAUGCUGAAGAGGGGCUGGAUCAGGGAGUCCAAGAGCCCUGCUGGAGCACCCUUGCUCUUUGCACCUAAAGCGGACGGUAGUCUACGCACGUGUGUUGACUACCGUGGGCUCAACAAGAUGACUAUAAAGAACCGUCUUACCUUACCCCGGGUCGAUGAGAUGCUGGAUAGACUAGCAGGUGCUAUGUUCUUUACCAAGCUCGACCUCAGGGAAGCGUACCAUAGGGUACGUAUCAAGGAAGGCGAUGAGUGGAAGACGGCCUUUAGGACAAGGUACGGACACUAUGAAUACCUCGUAAUGCCAUUUGGUCUAGCUAACGCACCUGCAACGUUCCAGGGGUACAUCAAUCGAGUCCUUACAGGGUUAGUGGACAUCGCGUGUAUUGUCUACCUUGAUGACAUCCUUAUCUUCAGUGCAAGUAGGGAGGAACAUGUAAAACACGUUAAGCUAGUACUAGAUAGGUUGAGGAAGUAUAGAUUGUAUGCAAAGCUCUCCAAGUGUGCUUUCUUCCAGGUAUCAGUAGAUUUCCUAGGGUACAGAGUGAGCCGCGGAGGGGUAAGCAUGGAUCCUACCAGGGUUACUACGGUACAGGAGUGGCCGGAACCCUGUAGCUUCCAUGACAUCCAGGUGUUCCUGGGGUUUGCCAACUUCUACCGACGUUUUAUACGCCGGUACUCCCAUAUCGUGACACCCAUUACUGAGCUACUCAAGGGUUCACAGGGAGGGAAAAAGAAGGGCAAGUUCACCUGGACCCCAGAGGCUAGCAAGGCUUUUAGGGAACUAAAAGACAAGUUCCUCACAGGACCCUUGCUCCAGCACUUCGACCCCUCGAAGCCUAUAAGGGUGGAAACGGAUGCUUCGACGUUCGCAUGCGGAGCAGUGCUCUCCCAACCCUACGAGGAGGAGGGAAGGAAGCCUGAGUGGCACCCAGUGGCCUUCUGGUCAAAAAAGCUGGAUGACACCCAGAAAGGCUAUGGCACGCCUGACCAGGAGAUGCUAGCAAUCGUAAAGUCGUUUGAGCAGUGGAGGCACUACCUUGAAGGAGCGCAGCACACGGUGCAGGUCCUUACAGACCAUCAUAACCUACAGGGGUUCAUGAAGCAAUCCAAAAAGGUAUCCCACAGACGCCAGGUCAAUUGGCUGGAACAGCUAGCAGCCUAUGACUUUGAAAUAGUCUAUAGGACAGGGAAGACCAAUCCUGCGGACGGUCCGUCCCGCCGUCCGGAUUACAGGGGUGUUCCUGAGGAACUACCAACCCUAGAUAGGAAAAGGGAGUACGAGAGAGGUCUCUCGUUAGCUGCACAGGAGACCCUGAGCAAGCUAAUUGGGCAAGAAGUAGCCAGGGAAGGCUACGAAGGGCAGGGGACGAGAAGUCCUCCCGUCCAGGGGGACGACCGAGAGGGUCAAGUCUCCCAACCAAGGGAGCUCCCGCCCAGAGCUGACCAUGGCUAUCCGGUACGUCAUGUGUCUCGCCUGCUAGCCGUAAGGGCGGCUACAGGGGAAACCGCAGAUUCCUUGCCAAAGAAGAACUUGCUGGAAUUGAUAGCUUCACUACAACGGGGGGACGCCUUCGCGGUAGAGAAGCUAGCACAGCUGCAACAAGGAGCGGGUAGAACGGGAAGGCAGGACCCUGACGUAACUGCGGGUACCCCAAGGGAAUGGGGGCAGACGUCAGCAGGCCUGUUGACCAAAGGGGAAAGGGUAUACGUAUCGCCAGAUGCGGCAGUGAGGCAAGAGAUCCUGCGUAUACACCAUGACGACCCCUGGAGUGGCCAUUUCGGGGAGCGAAAGACCAGAGCCUUGGUACAACGGAAGUACUGGUGGCCGGGUAUGACCCAACAUAUAAAGGAGUACGUGCAGACAUGUCAGAUAUGUCAAAAAGCGAGAGCUCCAAGGCACAAGCCGUACGGGCAGCUGCAACCCUUACAACAGGCAAAGCAACCCUGGAGUUCAAUGUCGAUGGAUUUCAUCACAGACCUCCCGGAUUCGGGACCAAAGGAAGGGGCCAGGGGACACAGCAAUGCUAUCCUGGUAGUGGUGGACAGAUACACCAAGCUAGCUAGGUACUUCCCCUGCACCAAAAAGAUUAAAGCAGAGGACCUUGCAGACAUCAUCUUCAGGGAGAUAAUCACCAAGUAUGGUACCCCUGAAGAGAUAAUCACGGAUAGAGGUGCCCUCUUUACCAGUGACUUCUGGUCGACCCUGUGCUACUACCUGAGAAUAAAUAGGAAGCUUAGCACAGCCUUCCGACCGCAGACGGACGGCCAAACGGAGGUCCAGAACCAGAUCCUAGAGGGCUACCUGCGGAGAUAUAUCAACUACAAGCAGUCGGACUGGGUUGACUGGCUACCUCUGGCGGAAUUCGCAUACAAUGCUUCCGACCAGAGCAGCACUGGGACUUCCCCAUUCAUGGCCUUGAUGGGAUACCACCCAAGAAGCCCUAUGGAGAUAGAGGUAGGGGAGCCUAGGCGGCUGAAGGACGUCCAAGCAAAGGAGAGAGCCUUGUUGAUCGCGAAAAUGAGAGAGACCUUGGAGGAGAACCUAGGAAAGGCCAGGGAGGACCAGGCCAAGUACUACGACAGAAAACACGACCCUAUGAACUUCAGGGUAGGGGACCAGGUCAUGCUCUCAACAAGGAAUAUCAAGACGCAACGUCCAAAUAAGAAGCUCGAUAGUAAGAUGAUAGGACCCUUCACGAUCAGGGAGCCUAUUGGCAAGCAAGCAUAUCGCCUAGCAUUACCUCCGUCCUACAAGAUACACCCCGUGUUCCACGUCUCCCUACUAGAGCCAUUCAGGGGGAGGGAAGGGGAGGAACCCGACCCCCCUCCAGCAGUGGUUAUAGAUAACCACGAGGAAUGGGAGAUUGAAAAGAUAUUGGACCACAGGAUGAGGUAUAGGAAGACUCAGUUUAAGGUUAAGUGGCUAGGUUACCCCUUGGAAGAAGCCACAUGGCUCAGUAAAGCAGACCUCGAGAACGCACCCGAGAUCCUUGAGGAAUACGAGGAAACCCUUAGGAAAGAAGGCAAACCAAUACCAGAAUAA